CUCAUCCUUCCGAAUCCUCUUGGAGUUUCCCUCCAGGCUAACCACAGCUCAGAGGAGCGCUUCCUGCUGAUGGGUUUCACCGACUGGCCCUCCCUGCAGCCGGUCCUCUUCGCACUGGUCCUUCUCUGCUACCUACUAACGCUGACAGGCAACGCGGCGUUGGUGCUGCUGGCCAUCCGCGACUCGCGCCUACACACUCCCAUGUACUACUUCCUCUGCCACUUGGCUCUGGUGGAUGUGGGCUUCACCACUAGCGUGGUACCACCGCUGCUGGCCAGCCUGCGCGGCCCUGUGCUGCAGCUGCCGCGCGGCUGGUGCAUGGCGCAGCUGUGCUCGUCCCUGGCCCUGGGCUCCGCCGAGUGCGUGCUGCUGGCGGUUAUGGCGCUGGACCGCGCGGCCGCCGUGUGCCGUCCGCUGCGCUACUCCGCGCUGGCCUCGCCGCUCCUGUGCCGCACGCUGGCCGGCGCCUCCUGGCUCGGUGGCCUGGCCAACUCCGCGGCGCAGACCGCUCUGCUGGCCGCGCGUCCGCUGUGCGCGCCACGCCGUCUGGACCACUUCAUCUGCGAGCUGCCCGCGCUGCUGCAGCUGGCUUGCCGAGACGGCCGCGGCGCCACCGAGCGCCAGAUGUUCGCCGCGCGCGUGGUCAUCCUGCUGGUGCCUUCUGCGGUCAUCCUGGCCUCCUACGCCGCCGUGGGCCGCGCGGUCUGGGGCAUGCAGUCCCGCGCCGGCUGGCGGAAAGCCGCGAGCACUUGUGGCUCUCACUUGACCGCUGUCUGCCUAUUUUAUGGCUCCGCCACCUACACCUACCUGCAACCCACGCAUAGUUACAAUCAGGGCCGCGGCAAGUUCAUCUCGCUCUUCUACACGGUGGUCACACCCGCGCUCAAUCCUCUCAUCUACACGCUGCGAAACAAGGAAGUGAAGGGGGCGGCGCUGAGGCUCUUGCGAAGUGUGGGGAGGCGGCAGACAGGAUAG